AUGACAGACUCGACAGCCAAACCAAAGAACGAAAUGAAGGUUCUUUCCCUAGGCCUUCCCCGCACAGGCUCUGCCUCAAUGGCAGAAGCCCUGACCAGACUCGGCUACAAAAACGUCUACCACGCCAUCCAAGCCAUCGACAGCCCGGAAGACUGGAAAAUUCUAGAGAGAGCCUGCGACGCUUCGUUCCCCAACUUGCCCUCUUAUACGGGUAAACCGUUCACCCGCGAGGAAUGGGAUGAGCUCUGGGGUCACUGCGAAGGCACCACAGAUGUAGCAUCUAUUUUCGCACCGCAGCUCAUAAAGGCCUACCCUGACGCAAAAGUCAUCCUCGCCAUCCGUGACUUUGAGCCAUGGUUCAAAAGCGUCGACCAGAGCGUUUUUUACCACCUCUGGAAUCCAAUCGCCCAUUUCAGCGUCAACGUCAUCGAACCCCUCGUCGGAUCCGUAGCAGGCCGCUCAGCACGAAAGCAAUUACUGGGUUUAUUCCAAGCGCAAACCGUCGACGAAGCACGCGCCAACGCAAGAGAGACGUGGGAGAGACAUCACCGGGUUAUUAGAGAGAUGGUGCCUGAGGGACAGUUGUUGGAGUAUCGCAUGGGACAGGGUUGGGGGCCUGUGUGUGAGUUUUUGGACAAGCCGGUGCCGGAGGAGGAGUUUCCUUGGGUUAAUGAGGCGGCGGAGUUGAAGAGGGUUAUUAAGGAGAAGAUUAAGAGGAAUAUUGCGGAGGCUGUUGGGGUGGUUUUGCCGUGGGUUGGGGCGAUGGCUGUUGUGGGAGCAGGGGUUUGGAUGAUGGCUAGGUGA